AUGCUUCCAUCUUUCGCCAUCGAGUGCGGGUGGGGUGAGCGUUGGGAUGACUUGUUCAGUGAUAUGAACCUUCUGCUGGUUGGUGGCGAUGGAGGUGUCCGAGCGGUUGUGCUUCUGAAGUGGAAACUUAAGAGUCGAACGAGACAGGUGAGCGGGUUCAGUGAACUUUACGUUCGAGAUCGGAAUGGGAUGCCGAUUCGUUGGCAACGAGAGCCAACGGAGAAAGCCAUCCCACAAGUAAUCGAACGCAAGUAA